UGUUCCCUUCUUCCCAUUCUGCACCUCUAUCUCUCACUAAUUUCGAUAUUGCCACUGACAUAAAACAAAGUUUCACCGAACCAAAAGAAAAAAAGCGUAGUUGCUAAGCUAUGGCGGAGGAGGAAUUGUUGGCCAACGAGGAGAGGCUAACUCGGGCUGACUCAGCUGAGUCGACCGAGAAGAAGCGAGUUAGAGACGAGUCUGACGACGCGGUUCUCGAAUCGCCGGAGGUGAAGAGGCUGAGAGACGAUUUAUUCGAUGUUCUCGAUGACUCGGAUCCUGAACCGGUGAGUCAAGAUCUCGACUCGGUUAUGAAGAGCUUCGAGGACGAGUUAUCAGCUGCGUCUUCGACGGUUACCACCGCGGCGCAAGGCUCCGACGAAACUCAGCCGGAUCUUGGUUAUCUUCUCGAGGCCUCCGAUGACGAGCUCGGCUUGCCACCGCCUCCACCGGUUUCUCCGAUUCCAAUCGCGAAAGAAGAGGAGACGACGGAGACGUUAACGGAUUUGGUACGAGCGUCGUCAGAUUCGUCCGGGAUCGACGAGCUAUGGGGGUUGGAGGACCACGUGUCGAAUUACGGAUCGUUAGAUUUGGGUACCGUCGUCGGAGAUGGUGGAGAUUACGUGGCCGUUGAUGGACUUUUCGAAUUUUCCGACGAUUGUUUUGAUUCCGGGGAUCUAUUUUCUUGGCGGUCGGAGUCUUUACCGGCGGAAUAAACGACAAACUUUCCGGAGUUUUUUUUUCUUAGGUGGUGGUAAAUUGGAAAAACGGUGCCGUUUUGUAAAGCGUUUAGCCUCCCUGUCGUUUUUUACCGUUACCAUUUUAUGGUAAAUGGUUAAUAUCUUUUAAGUUUUAAUUAUUAGGAAUAGGAAAGUUAAAUAUUUUGUUAGUGGGGGGUAAUUUGGUAGGUUUAGUGUAAGCGAAUUCGUUUGUUUGUUCUUCCCAGAUCUCUAACUAUCUCUUCUCUCUUUCUCGCAUAGUUUCUGUUAAUGUGAAAAAUUCUAGUAUGAAAAUCCUCAUUAU